CUAUAUAUCAACAGAAAACGUCAAAAGAAUUCCCACCUCAGAGCAACGCGGUUUUUCGUCUGCACCAAAAACAAUAGCACACCAUUUGAAGACUGUUCAAAGCUUUGUUAACUCAUCUGUUUAAUCUCCUUCCUUUCCUUUUUUCCCUUCUCCAUAGUUUCUUUCCCGGUUAAAUUCUCUGGGAAAAUAGUGGGAAAGAGAAGGAAUAUUUUUUAGGAAAAAAAGAUGGGAUGUUGUCAAAGUAAAGGCGCUGAUUCCAAAGCUAAUAGGAUUGCUCGGUGGCGAUCAACUGGCAUUGUUGCUUUACGUGAUGCCAAAUUGAAGACAUUUCCCGAUGAAGUUCUUGAGCUGGAUAGAUCUGUGCGUACUCUUGAUUUAACGCACAAUAAAUUAGUUGAAAUUCCUGUGGAUAUCAGCAAAUUAGUCAACAUGCAGCGUCUGAUUUUAGCCACUAAUCUUAUCGAGCGACUACCAAUUAAUAUCGGGAAGCUUCAGUCUCUGAAAGUUAUGAUACUUGAUGGGAAUCAAAUUACUUCCUUACCUGAUGAAUUGGGCCAGCUGGUAAGACUUGAGAAGUUAUCGAUCUCUGGAAAUAUGUUAAUGUCCUUGCCCGAGACUAUUGGCAGCUUGCGCAAUCUGUCAUUACUUAAUGUGUCUAACAACAAGUUAAAGUAUCUUCCUGAAUCAGUUGGGAGCUGCUUUUCUUUGGAAGAGCUGCAAGCGAAUGAUAAUCUUAUCGAAGAACUUCCUGCAUCUGUUUGCAAUCUUGUUCACUUAAAGUCACUUUGUUUAAACAAUAACAAAGUCAGCCAGAUUCCUCCUAAUUUAUUGAAAGACUGCAAAGCUCUUCAGAAUAUCUCUCUGCACGGCAAUCCUAUUUCAAUGGAUCAGUUUCAGCAAAUGGAAGGGUUCCAAGAAUUCGAAGCAAGAAGGAAGAAGAAGUUUGACAAGCAAAUUGACUCUAAUGUGAUGAUUGGUUCGAAUGGCCUCGAUGAGGGUGUCGAUCUAUAAACUCUGCUGCAUUUCUAGUUCCGAGGGGACAAUGGUUUCAAAUCUUGAGCAGCAACAGAUACCAAAGAGUGUGGAUUGGGACAGAUCAUGUUGAUAAUUUACUAGUUUUUUUUCUCUUAAAAAAUAAAAUGUAUAUUUGCAAAAUUGGGGUUGGAUUUUAUUUGUAAAUAAUUGAUAUUUAGCUUUCGUUUUUAUUUAUAGUUUUUACCAUAAUGCAUGUAAUUUGCAGAGACUUGUAUAUCGUUAAAAGGAUGGUUUCGCUUUUGAAAUAUUUUUAUAGUGAAUUACAACUUGAAAUCCUAGUGAUUAGGUACAAUGAUUAA